ACAUAUAGUGUCGUCAUCACCCUAUUUUCAAUAACACAAGUGUUCAUUGUUGUGGUCGAUGUCAUCAGCUGACGAAAAUUAAAUUUCUGUGUAUUUAUUUAAAAUAUUCAUAAUAAAAAUUGAAAAUGUACAGUCAGGACCAGGGGCUGGAUAUCCUAGCUGCAUUGUCGAUGUUGAAUCAUCUCAGCAACACUGAUUUGGGAGAAAUAUUGAACGAUGAUGGAAGAUUCGAGGAAGUUGUCAAUGACAUAAAACAGUUUAAAGAAUUGGAAUCUGAAAAGGAAGUUCUGAUCGCUGGAAAUCGUUCUCUGGCCGAAGUCAACCUAGCAAAACAACCCCAACUCGAGGAAAAUAAAAAAGCAUUACAUGAACUGUCUGAGAAAGGUUGUGAGCUCUGUACAAGUGUACAAGACAAAAUUACUGAAUUAAAGGAAAAAUCUGGAGCUUUGUCAGUUGAGUCAGCCCUCGAGCUGUUGCAAGCUGCUGCUGCGGAAAUUGAAGAAGAAUCGGAAAAAAUAGCUGAAAAAUUCUUAUCGGGGGAUACAGAAGUCGAUGAAUUCCUGGAUCAAUUCUUGACGCGAAGAAAGAUAAUGCAUUUACGAAAGGUGAAGGUAGACAAAAUGCGAGAGGUUAAGAGGAAACCGAAAUCAUCAACAGGGGGUUAUCCAGCAGUGAACACCUUUCCAGGAAUGGCUCCAAGUGUUCCCUAUCCCACGGGCCCAGUUGGAAUGCCCAUGCCCGUUCCUCCCAUGUACCGGCCAUAUUAAUUCUAGUUGAUAUAAGUGAUACCUAUUAAUUAUCACCUUGCUAGAUAUAUUCGCAAAUGUACAAGUCUAUUUUACUCACACAAACGUUUGCAUUAUUGAUUAAACAUUUGAAAAAUUA